AUGCUUUCAAGGGUCUCAAAACGAACAUAUUCUUUAUUACCCCAAGGGGCGCAAGCCUAUAUUGGUGGGAAAUGGGUUCCAGCGAACUCUGGGAAAACAUUUGCAGUAACAAAUCCUUAUAGUGGAGAAGUUAUUCAACAAACUGCAAAUUGUGAUAUCAAAGAUGCUGAAAAGGUUGUCAUUUGUAUAUUUAAAUAUUUACAUAAAAUGUUUUAUUUCAGGCAGUUCAAUCUUCGUUGGAAAGUUUUGAGAAAUGGGCAUUUGAUACAUCAGCAAAACAAAGAGGAGCAAUUCUUCGUCGAUGGUUUGAUAUUUUGACAGAAAGAGAAACCGAAUUAGCAACAUUAUUAACGAAAGAACAAGGAAAACCAUUAGCUGAAGCACGCGGAGAAAUUCAAUAUUCUUCGGCCUAUUUUGAUUGGUAUUCAGGAGAAGCUAGAAGAGUUUAUGGACAAGUUGUUCCAUCUGCUGUUCAAAAUCGUUUACAUUUACAUACACGAGAACCAAUUGGAGUUGUCGCUCUGAUUUCGCCUUGGAAUUUUCCAACAGCAAUGAUUGCUAGAAAAGCGGCAGCUGCAAUUGCUGUUGGUUGUAGUGUUGUUGUAAAACCAGCUGAAGAUACACCAUUAUCAGCACUUGCUUUAGCACAAACUGCAACUGAAGCUGGAAUUCCGGAUGGUGUUUUUAAUGUGAUUACUGCUGACCGAUCGAAUACUGCGAAAAUAUCAAAAUUCCUUUGUGAAUCUACAGAUAUUUCAGCGAUCAGUUUUACAGGAAGUACUCCUGUUGGAAAACUUCUUCUUUCUCAAUGUGCUUCGACUGUAAAAAGAGUUUGUUUAGAACUCGGAGGAAAUGCACCACUUAUUGUAUUUGAUGAUGCAGAUCUCGAUGUCGCUGUGAACGUGAGUAUAUGUAAAGAAAUGUGUGAAAUAACAAUUUAAGAUUUUCAGGGAACAAUGGCAACAAAAUUCCGAUGCUCCGGUCAAACAUGUGUUUCUGCUAAUCGAAUUUUUGUGCACGAAAAAAUUCAUGAUCAAUAUGUUUCGAAAUUGGCUGAAGCUAUGAAAAGUCGAUUGAUUUUAGGAGAUGGAUUGGAUUCAAAAACUACACAAGGACCAUUGGUUAAUGAAAGAGCUGUUGAAAAGGUUAGGAUUACUGUAGUUUACAAAAAACUUCUGAAAAUUAGAUUUUCAGAAAUUUUAAUAGUUUUAUUUUCAAUUCAAAAACAUAAUCAUUUUAAAUUUUUGGGUGAUCCAUUGAUUUCAUUCGGAAAAAUUGAUUUUUUUUGUGGAACAGAUUUCAUAAAAACAAAAAUUGGCUAUAGUUCGUUUUGAAAAUUUCUAAAAUAAAAAAUUCCGGGUUACUGUAGUGUUUUGUUUCAGUGUUCUUCACUUUUAUCGGAUGCUGUUCAAAAAGGUGCGCAAGUUGUGACUGGUGGAAAACGUGGUGAUUUUGGAAGCAGUUUCCAACCAACACUUUUAACAAAUGUUCAAACAAAUAUGGAGAUUGCGAAUACCGAAAUCUUCGGACCAAUUGCACCAAUUCAAAAAUUCCAUGAUGAACAACAAGUUGUAAAAUUGGCAAAUGAUUGUCGUGUUGGAUUAGCUGGAUAUAUUUUUGGAAAAAAUCCAUCAACUUUACAUCGAGUUUCGAGAAAACUUGAAGUUGGAAUGGUUGGAGUCAAUGAAGGUAUUUUUAUUAAAAGUUCUGAUAAAACAAAAAUUGUUGAAGGUUUGAUCUCAUGUGCUGAAGCUGCAUUUGGAGGUGUGAAAGAAAGUGGAUUAGGAAGAGAAGGAGGUGCACAAGGAAUUGAUGAAUUCACAAAUUGGAAAUAUAUUUGUACACAAUAUUAA